AAACGCCAUUUUCUGCAUAAUGUGCGACUACUGUUGAUUUCGUCAAAUGCCGCACGGAUAAUAAUUAAUAACGAAAUAAAGAUCUGAUUAAGGGGAAAUUUAAUUUCCCCAUUAUGGCAGGAAAUGGGGACAUUCAGUGGUGUUUUUCCCAGGUUAAAGGAACCCUUGAUGAUGAGAUAACGGAGGCGGAUAUCAUAUCCUGUGUGGAAUUUAAUCAUGACGGAAAUCUUCUGGCCACUGGUGAUAAAGGUGGAAGAGUUGUUAUUUUUCAACGGGAUCCACUGUCCAAAUUAUCUAUACCAAAACGAGGUGAAUAUAAUGUAUAUAGUACUUUUCAAAGCCAUGAACCAGAAUUUGACUAUCUGAAAAGUUUGGAAAUAGAGGAAAAAAUCAACAAAAUUAGGUGGUUAAAACGAAAAAAUCCUGCUCAUUUCCUUCUGUCUACGAAUGAUAAGACAAUUAAGUUAUGGAAAGUGUCAGAACGAGAUAAGCGGAUUGAUGGUUAUAACCUUAAAGAUGAUACUGGUCACAUGAAAGAUCCACUUUCAGUAACUAGUUUGCGAGUUCCAGUUGUUAGGCCUAUGGAAUUAAUGGUAGAAGCUAGCCCUAGGAGAAUUUUUGCAAAUGCUCAUACGUAUCAUAUAAAUUCCAUUUCAGUAAAUAGUGAUCAGGAAACUUAUCUCUCUGCUGAUGACUUGCGUAUAAAUUUAUGGCACUUAGAAAUCACAGACCAAAGUUUUAAUAUUGUUGAUAUUAAACCUACAAAUAUGGAGGAACUUACUGAAGUUAUUACAGCAGCUGAGUUUCAUCCUUCUCAAUGUAAUGUUUUUGUGUAUAGUAGUAGUAAAGGAACUAUUCGUCUUUGUGAUAUGAGAGCAGCUGCACUUUGUGACCAGCAUGCCAAAUUGUUUGAAGAGCCAGAAGACCCAACAAAUAGGAGUUUCUUUUCGGAAAUUAUCUCAAGUAUAUCGGAUGUAAAAUUUAGUAACAAUGGACGUUAUAUAAUUUCUAGAGACUAUUUAUCUGUUAAAGUUUGGGACCUCAACAUGGAUACUAAACCUAUAGAGUGCUUCCAUGUGCAUGAAUAUCUAAGAUCAAAGUUAUGUAGUUUGUAUGAAAAUGACUGUAUUUUCGACAAGUUUGAAUGCUGCUGGAAUGGUUCUGACGGGUAA